CCCACUCCAGCUGAUCAGUUCACUGGUAAAGAGCACAUGCGAUUAAUCUCACUGACUAAAUGACUGACUGAUGUGUCUUGUUUGCAAGCAUUUGCGAGCCUAUAACAUUCACUUGUCCUGACUUACUGGCCUGGUCUGUUAAACCCAGGCUCUGGGGCCCCGUAUGUGUCAUAGAAGCAUCAGCUGGCCUUGGGCCUGUUGUUAUAGACUUUUAUACUGUCAUCUGUUGGGAGUAGCAGUGCAGAUAAAUUCAUCAGGAUCUGUCUGUGUGGCGGACAUGAACAUAGCAUACGAACAGAACAUGUACACACUACAGCUGAUCUCCGUGUGUUGAGAGUUCACUUCUCCACUGUGUGAUGUGUGCAGGAAUAAAACCAUCUGCUAUAGGUACAUGCAAUAACACUACAGACUUCGCUGUAAUGUGGGAUACAGGGAUGUGUGGACCAGUGCAAGUGCCCUGUAGCCAAAGCUGGUGUUUCUAAUAAUGUACUGGGCAAGAAAAGACCCCGAUGAAGGGUUUAGCACCAAGAGAUGUACAGCUUGGUUCCAUGAAUACACUGGCCCAGACGAUGAUUGUAUUGGACCAGAAGGAAUGGAAAAGUUUUGUGAAGAUAUUGGAGUUGAACCGGAAAAUAUAGUCAUGUUGUCGUUAGCCUGGAAACUUACAGCCAAGAAUAUGGGUUUCUUCUCACUAGAGGAGUGGAUGAAAGGCAUGACUGAACUCGAAUGUGAUAACAUACCUAAACUCCAAAUGAAACUCGACUACCUCAGAUCAAUUCUUGAUGAUGGCACUUAUUUUAAAAAUAUUUAUCGAUUUGCAUUUGAUUUUGCAAGGGAAAAAGACCAGAGAAGUAUGGACAUUGAGACUGCUAAAGCAAUGCUGUCACUGCUUCUAGGAAAACACUGGCCAUUAUAUGGAUCUUUUCACCAGUUCUUGGAGCAGUCGAAGUAUAAAGUGUUAAACAAGGACCAGUGGUGUAAUAUUCUGGAGUUCAGUCGAGGUAUUGCUCCAGACCUUUCCAAUUAUGAUGAAGACGGUGCUUGGCCGGUUCUUCUCGAUGAAUUUGUCGAGUGGUUGAAGGAACAGAACAAAAUGAGCUGAAUCUAUAGCACAAAUGUUAGAGAGAGGAGAUUUAUGCUCAGAUUUGUUCUUUCAAGUAACUGUGCUGUAACUACUGAUCUUCCAAGAAAACGGAUCAAUAUACUAGCUUCGUUUUAAAGACAAACUAUUACAGGAAGUCCGGAAAUAUGUAUUUUGCUGGAGAAAAAACAAAACACUGUUAUUUCUGGACUCCUAGAAUGUGUUUUUGAGACUUAAUAUGUCUUUCAGUUCACAAUUUACUAGGAAUGCAGUCUAGUUUUGUCAGUGUUCACACACAUUUUGAGGUGUUGCAUUUUCAGGAAGCCUCGCGGGAAAAAAAAAAAGAGUUGGGUUGCUAUGAUUUUUUUGUUUUUUUAAAAAACAAAACAAAUCAUAUCAUAUUGCAUCGCAUCACCAAUGUGUUUUUAUUUUUAUGGUUGUUUUGCAUUCAACAUCAUCUACCUUAUCCAUUUGUGGUGUUCAGUCAGAAAGUGGAGACUUCAACUGGCUUCUCCAGUGUGGACAAUAUAUAAUGUAUAGUGCUUUAAAUUGUAUACAUGGACAUUUUUGCAAACCCAAUAAUGUGGUCUCUGGGUUUCGGUGAUGGAGCAAUAUUUCACAAGUGCCAGUACUGGUGUGAAUGUAUUACAGAUGAUGAUGGUGAAAAUGUUGAUGCGGACUACUUGGUUGUAUGCCUGAAGCACGCAUAAGUUGUUAGGUUGUUGUUUUUUGUGUGCGUUUUUUUUUUUAUUAAAGUUUCCUCACCCUCUCUCUUUCUCUAGUUGCCUAUGGUCUGUUUUUAGUGUGCUUCCUUGGAGACUUUAAUUUUGUUUUUAUUGUAUUUGCUAACAUAAUGUAUAGGGAUACGCCAAGGUCGAAUUAGAACUGUCGACCAGAUUUUGCUCCAAUCAGUGGCACGAAUCCUUUUCUUUUUGUUACGAGUAAUUUUUGUUUGUUUGCAAAAAUAAAUGAAACCAUGUUUUAACUAUAUUAUUUACAUAAUUUUAUUGUACAUGUUCACACAAAUAAACAAUUUAUAAUGA